AUGUCGUCCGACGCAAAGCACGAGGCUCUCCAGCCCCUCCACCCGUCCAUGGCGGGCAAGCUGGAUCCCGCCUUUGAGAAGCUCUACAACGAAAACAUCGCCCAUAGGCCGAUGAAGCCAAUCGACCUCCAGGAGCUGCGCGCCAACUACUCGGUCCUCUACAGCUAUGGCACGGCCCCCGCGCCGGACGUUGGGCGCAUCUACGACGAUGCGAUCCCGCUGGCUGAUGGCACGCCGCUGCCAGUGCGUGUCUACGAGCCCGACACUCCAGGCCCGUGGCCGGUGCACAUCGACUUCCACGGCGGCGGCUGGGGCCUGGGCGACCUCGAGACGGAGGCUCACAUCUGCAAGCACUACUGUAAAAAGGCCAGCGUGGCCGUCAUCGACGUCGCCUACCGCCUGGUGCCCGAGAUGCCCUUCCCCGCGGGCAUCACAGACAGCUUCGCGGCGGUCCAGUACAUCCACCAGCAGGGCGCGCAAAAGUUCAACAUCCGCCCAGACAGCAUCUCGGUUGGCGGCGUGUCGGCUGGAGGCUGCAUCGCCCUGGCAGUGGCUCACUUGGCCCGCGACGCUGCCGUCCCUCUGCGCCUGGUGGCCGUGGGAUCGCCCGUCAUCGACGACCUUUCGCAGUACGCCUCAGCCAGUGACUCGCCCUGGCCAUCGAUGCGCGAAAACGAGUUUGCACCGACGCUCAACUGGGCACGGCUGGCCUGGUUCGAUAAGCUCAAGACAUCUUCACUGCCCACGGAGCCUGAGGCGCACAGGGCUGCCAAGGAGCGCGUCGGCUGGUUCGCCAACCUCCUCAAGGCGCCCAACUUCAAGGACCUGCCCCAUACGCUCAUCUACACAGCCGGAGCUGAUCCUUUGAGGGACGAGGGCGAGAGAUACGCAAAGGUGCUGGUCGAGAAUGGCGUCGAGGUCACGCAGCGGCGCUUCCUCGGAGUUCCGCACCCGUUUCAGCACAUGGACAAGACACUGUGGCAGGCGAGAGAAGCCAUCGAUGGAACAGCCAGGGCGAUUCGGAUAGCGCAUGGGGACUCGCCGUCCCCGCUACAGAUAGAUCGGCGCCACUCGUACUCGACGCCAAAGUCCCAGCAGCCUGAGAUUAUCUACCGGGGUCCUGCUUCGUUGCACGUCCCCGAAUCCUGCUCGGUUUCUUAUACCACCUACCGCUCCUGUGGGCUCAAACAGCCUCCCCUUCCGAUCGCCGCCCCGUCUUCGACCAGCUCUCUGUCAACCCCCGUUGUGGUUGAUACCGUUGCCGAUGUAUCAACCGAACUUAUCAUCAGAGGCGCCAAUAGCCCAGCCAUGAGCUCUUCCAGCAGCAGCAGCGGCGGCGACAGCCACUAUUCCACGGACCACUUUAGCAGCCUGCCGCCUGUGUCAUCAUCAGGCAAUGGAUUCGAGCUUGGGCUGCCUGUCGAUAGAGCAGCCUGGGAUAUGCAUGGAUCGCCCCCAACUAGUUGGCAGGAUUCCAUCACGCCAAUGAGCUAUGGCAGCCCUCACUCGGAUUCUCACGAUUCUCUAACUGUAUCACCCGUAUCGUCCAUGUCGACUCUAUCAGUGUAUAAUCCGCAGUCGCUGCCGCAGCUGUCAUCACCACAUGAUAGAGCUUUACUCAACCAUUAUAUAACCAUUGUGUCUUCUCUGCUCUCUCGACGCAUGUCAAAUUCGAAUCCUUACAACGGAUAUCUACUGCCAAUUGCCCACUCCAACGACCUCGUCAUGCACUGUGUGCUGGCUCUUUCGGCCAAUCACUGGCGCAAGCUGCAGCCUCAACUGGCCGAAAGGGGCAUCUAUCACCAAAGCAAAGCAACCCAGUCUCUGGCCAGGCUCUUACCCCAUGUGGACAAAUCGAAUGCCGACAUUGCCCUUGUCAGCAGCCUGCUGCUCUGCAUGACGGAGCUGUUUGAUGGCACCAGUGAGGGGUGGCAGCUGCAUCUGAAAGGGGCCAAGAGGCUACUCACGGCCCUGAUGAACCAGCAGCAGGGAGAUCGUAUACACGGCCACAACAAGUUUCUCGUGCGGCUUGCUCGAUUCCUCGAUUCUGCCGCUACUACAUCGACAUGCAAGCCUCCGCUCAUGGGUGAGGAUGCACAAGAAGCGGCCACGCUGGACCGACUGACAUCUGCUCCCGAUGACGAAGAUUCUGCCAUAUAUGGUAUUCCUAAAGAGUUAUUCCACCUGGUGGAUGUAGUCAAUGCGCUUGCU